UUAUAAGCCAAACAAACAAACAAACAAACAAUCUCACAAAUCUUCCUUCCCUCGCCAAUCGCUCAAAAUCACAUUCCCUCUUCUCCGCUCUGUUUAGGAACUUCAUAUUCGGCAGAAGGUGGUUUGAGCUUUGGAUAUGGAUCAGUAUGAAAAAGUUGAGAAGAUUGGCGAGGGAACGUAUGGUGUGGUUUACAAGGCUCGUGAUCGAGUCACUAACAAGACUAUAGCUUUGAAGAAGAUCCGUUUGGAACAGGAAGACGAGGGCGUCCCGAGCACGGCUAUUCGGGAAAUUUCCCUUUUGAAAGAAAUGCAGCAUGGAAACAUUGUCAGGUUAGAGGAUGUAGUGCACAGUGAGAAGCGUCUGUAUUUGGUUUUUGAAUACUUGGACUUGGAUCUGAAGAAGCACAUGGAUACUUCUCCAGAAUUUGCAAAGGAUCUUCGCCAGAUAAAGAUGUUUCUUUAUCAAAUUCUCCGUGGGAUUGCAUAUUGUCAUUCUCAUAGAGUUAUUCAUCGAGAUCUAAAACCACAGAAUUUGUUGAUAGAUCGUCGCAACAAUGCACUAAAGCUUGCAGAUUUUGGACUGGCCAGAGCGUUUGGUAUUCCUGUCAGGACUUUUACUCAUGAGGUGGUGACCCUCUGGUACAGAGCACCAGAAAUAUUGCUUGGAUCCCGUCAGUACUCGACACCUGUUGAUGUUUGGUCAGUCGGGUGUAUAUUUGCUGAGAUGGUGAAUCAACGACCGUUGUUUCCCGGGGACUCUGAGAUUGAUGAGUUGUUCAAGAUUUUCGGAAUCACGGGCACUCCAACUGAGGACACAUGGCCUGGCGUGAGUUCUUUGCCUGAUUUUAAAUCCUCCUUUCCCAAGUGGCCUACGCAGGACUUGGCAACUGUUGUUCCAAAUCUUGAAUCCGCUGGUGUUGAUCUUCUUUCCGUGAGUCCUUGUAAAAUGCUCUGCUGUGACCCCAGCAAAAGAAUUACAGCCAGGAGUGCUCUUGAGCAUGAGUACUUCAAAGACAUACCACUUACGCCCUGAAUCGUCCAUAUUCGUGGCAGAAAAUUGUCUAUAUAGUAUGUCUGGAACUUGUGGAUUUUGAUUCUGUUACAAUUGUGUGCUUGUAUUGUAAUCUUUUUCCCUAAAUUUGUUGAACAUAGUUCUUCUUCUUUUCU